AUGAACCAUAACAACAACAGCAAUAACAACAACAUGGCACAACUGAAUGAGCCUUCUACCCCCUACAACUUGGAAAAUAACGAUGACAAUGCGAAUGCUACUACGAAUAAUAAUCAUGAUUAUGACUCAUCACAGAUGCAGAGUGAGAGUCCACCACCACCACCCCCUGGAGCAUCCAAACUUCAAUCCUUUCUAAUACUUGUGGCAGGCUUGGCGUUGAUUGUAACUUUCGUCUUGGGGUUCACCUUGGGAUGGCACACGGCCGUGGUGAUCUUGGCCAUGUGUUUUUGGGGUGUCGUUCUGUAUCAUUUGAUGUUUACGAGUGAGGUCAUUAGUCCCUUUUGGAUUUACAAUCAAGUGGCCAAGGCCAAACUCAAAGUCAUUCAAGAACCUCGGAUGUAUACUCAAGACGACAUGGCCCUGGAGGGUGGUAUUGGUGGUGGUAUUGAGAAUAUGGGAGCACCUACUACCCGUGAUUGGACUUCUGCCAGUGGAGCCUAUAUAGAGUUGGACGGUGGCAUUGGCCGAGAAAUCCAAUUGGUCUUUGCCUCGCCAGUGACAAGACCUGCUGGUCGGUUCUGGAGCAAGCCCAAAUCCUUAAUGUGGACGAUUUCAGGAUAUGGCAGUGAUUUUGUGGUGAAAGAAGGUUUGAUCAGUGAGACGGGCAAAUCGUAUUGGGUCGAGAAACACGAUUUUGCCGAGAAUGGUAGUCGAAUUUUGAGGCUCGUGCAAGGUACUUGGGACUAUCAGACCCACGAAUUUGUGGGCGAUUACAUAGAUUCCGAUGGUUCCAUGGGAUCGUAUCCCACAUUGGCGAAACAACAAAAGUAG